GGCAGUUGGUAAUAAGAAGGAAUGAUAAUAGAAGAUUUAGGGUGGUUUGUCAUGGUGUGAAUCCUGAUUUACAAGGCAUGCAACCACCAGAAGGGCAGUUUGGGGAUUUUGCAAAUAUGAGUGGGCCCAGCACUGGCAAAGAUAUUCCCAUUGGCAGAGCAUAGGUUCUGUUUACGACACAUCCACGAGAAUAUGAAACCAAGAUGGAGUGGCAAUUUAUUCAAAGAAAUGUUAUGGGAUGCUGCAUGUGCUACCACAAAGCCACAGUUUAACAGAAAGAUGAAUGCCAUAAGACUGCUUGACAAUGACUUGUUUGUCUGGUUAAGCCAGAUUCCACCAACAUCCUGGGCAAGAUCACAUUUCACAGGUAGGGCCAAGACUGAUGUCUUAUUGAAUAACAUGUGUGAGUCAUUCAACAACCAGCUUGUAAAGGGGAGGGACAAACCAAUAAUCACCUGUCUUGAGUUUAUCAGAGAAUAUCUGAUGAAAAAAAUUGUUGUGGUUCACAAAGUAAUAGCUAAAAUUAAUGGACCUUUGACUCCAUAUGCUACAAGAGUGUUUGAUGAAAUCAAGGCUGAUGCAAGUCAGUAUUCAGUGAUGAUGGCUGGUAGGGGUAGAUUCCAGGUUACUGGUGGAUAUGCUGAUCAGUGCAAGGUAGAUGUUAAUGAGAGAACCUGCACAUGCAGAAAGUGGCAGUUAACAGGUAUGCCAUGUAAACAUGGUGUAGCUGCCAUAUGGGAUAUGGCAAGGAAUGGUAUGAAUGUAGGUGUUUUAGAGUCAUCGGUUGAUUAGGUUUAUUGGCUUCAAACCUGGAAGGAUGUUUACAUGCACACAAUUGAACCUAUCAGUGGGAGAGAGUACUGGACACCUUCACAAUGCCCAACAACCCUUAUCCCUCCAAUUCAUCAUACUCCAGUUGGAAGGCCCAAGAAGAAAAGGAAGAAUUCAGAGGUGGAGAUUUCUGAGCUUAUGAGAGACAAGAAGGGGAAAAUGACAAGGCAAGGAGUGCCUAAAACUUGCAAGAAAUGUGGGAAUGUUGGGCAUAAUAAAAGGAGCUGCAAGGGUCAGGGUGCAACUCAAGCUUAGAGUCAAACAACAGCUCAACCUCAGGGUCAAACUGCAGGUCAAGGUCAGACUCAAACAACCAAUGCUGGAAGAGGUGGGAGGGGUGGAACAGGGGCCAAGGCUGGAAGAGGUGGCAGGGGUGGAAGAGGAGCCAAGGCUGGUAGAGGUGGCAGGGGUGGAAGAGGAGCCAAGGCUAGUCAAACUGCUUCACAAAGUGCUGAUCUUUAGACUGUUACCUUGUUAGACAUAUGAUGCUUUUGUUAUGUAGUGUUUGAAGUGUCUUUUGGUUUAGUAUGUAAUGUUAUGCAAACGUUGGUAACUUAACUAAGAUAUUGUACUUUUGGAUGCUACUUUAUGUAAUGUUUGAAUGUUUGAAGUGUCUUUUGGUUUGGUAAUGUGUGUUUUUGUUUAGGUCAUCAGUUUUGUUUC